AAGCAAAGCAAAAGCAACUCAUAGACGCCAUAUUCAUAGCACUUUCCGAGAACACAAUUUUAUAAUCCAUAAAAUAAAAUGUUAUAAACUUAUAACAACUCUUCACUUCAUAAUUCUCCAUUACCCACUUUUCCGACCAUUAGUUCUCUCCUCCACCUUCAACCACGUUUUUGCCUUUCUCUUUUCUUCCAAAUUGGAUCACAACCUUCAUCACAAGUUUUCCUUUUAUUCCAUUCCAACCUUAACCACAAUUACAUCAUGCAACUUUGAUCCAAAUUACUCAUCAAAAUCCCAUAUAUAUAUAUAUAUAUAUGUUCCAUUUCUUAAUUAAUUCCACAAUUGAAUAAGUUCUAACCUGGAUCCCUUCUCUUCUUCCAUUCCUUAGAAUAAAAUUUAUAAAAACCAUCCAAUUAUGUAACUGUACCCUUUCGCACCUUAAAUCUCACAAAAAAAAAACACAAAAAAAAAAAAUUAUUUCUCCUUACGUUUGAAGAAUUAUGUAGUGUUGUACAUCCACUAUUCUAUCAACCUAUCUUUUUAUUUUUAUUCGAUAAAAGAAAGAAAAGAAAAAAAAAAGAAUGCCGGGAUUGGAGACGGGGACACCGACGGCAGCGUCGACGCCGGCGACACCGGAUACUCCGGGAGGUCCACUAUUUUCAUCGGUGCGAGUUGACUCAUUGGACCAACGUGAAUCGUUUGGAAUGGGUAGGUGCAACAAUUGUUUUCCGGGUAAAAGUAAUGGAGGUUGCAUCAAUAUCGCCGAUUUCUCUGCUAGUGUUUCUCUCACUCAAAAGAUUGGAGCAGAGUUUGUAGGGACAUUCAUAUUAAUAUAUGCAGCAACAGCAGGACCAAUAGUGAACAACAAAUACAAUGGAGCAGAAUCACUUAUGGGAAAUGCAGCUUGUGCUGGAUUAACAGUUAUGUUCAUUAUUCUCUCAAUUGGUCACAUCUCAGGUGCACAUCUCAAUCCAUCACUCACAAUUGCGUUCGCUGCGUUUCGCCAUUUCCCUUGGGCACACGUUCCUGCCUACAUUGCUGCACAAGUUUCUGCUUCUAUUUGUGCUUGUUAUGCUCUCAAAGUUGUUUACCAUCCUUUCCUUACUGGUGGUGUCACUGUCCCUACUGUUAGCAUUGGUCAAGCUUUUGCAACUGAGUUUAUCAUCACUUUUAUUCUCUUGUUUGUUGUCACUGCUGUUGCCACCGAUACUCGCGCGGUUGGUGAAUUAGCUGGUAUUGCUGUUGGGGCUACAGUUUUGCUCAACAUUCUCAUCUCAGGGCCAACCAGUGGUGGUUCGAUGAACCCGGUGCGCACCUUAGGUCCAGCAGUUGCAGCAGGAAAUUACAAACAUAUCUGGAUAUAUUUAGUGGCGCCGACGCUCGGUGCUCUUGCUGGUUCUGGAGUUUAUACGCUUGUCAAGCUGCGUGACAACGAAGCUAAUCCAGCGCAAUCGGUUAGAAGCUUCCGUCGCUAGAUCUGGCUGCGGCACUGCUCUCUAGUCUUUACCAUACCCUACUGCUCAUGUUUCAAACUCCUUGUAUGAUAAAUAAAAUGUGGGGACUUCUUGUGAUCAAGUGUGUAAAUUUAUGUGUGUUUUGUUUAUGUGUUAUAUCAUGUGUCAUGGAAAGUUUGUUUGGUGGAUAUGGAUUUUGUAAAGAGCUGGUUAUAGCCAUGCUUUGUGUAUUGAUUGAUGCACUCUAUAAUGAAUUAUGUGUUUUGUUGUGUGUAACA